AUGGCCUGCCACCAGCGAAACUCGUCCAUAGCAUCCUCAACCAAGACCGUCACCCCGACGGAUAGUUGGGAGUCAUACUUCGACUCGUGGAGCGUGGAGGAUCACGAAAUACCGGACUGGCAUCCACCUCCAGUGCCCGCGAUCAUGGAGCCCAUCAUUGUCGACGACGAGCUCUACACCCCAAACAGCCUCCUGAACACCAAAUUCAACAUGAACCAUGCCUUGGAUUUGGACCUUGACUGGGAGCUCGACCAACAUUACCAAGACUAUCAAGCCCGGUGCUCUCCCAAAGCGUUUGGGAGAUUGAAUGGCGCCAAUCUUGUGAGCAAACGGCAUGCGAUCAUCAUGUCGAACCGACGGAGCUCUGCAAGCCGCCCCCUGGGACCAGGACAAACGGUGCACCAAAUCCACCAGAUUCGAAGAGAUCGCCGGCCUGCGCCAGUCAGGAGACGGCCUGAUGACGUCGACGGAGGAAUGCAGGUUGACGAGAUGGCAAAUACCACGACCCAGCCUUGCGUGGCACCUGAGUGGCGCGGGAACGCAGGUGAAACAGCGAGAUCUCGCGAUGCCGCAUCGGCUUGCAGAACCCUGCAGAUGACCCAAGCAGAUCAGCAUCAGCAGCAAGCUACGACACCGUUUUGGACAGCAACUUCGGCACCGACAGCAGACGAAGCGCGACGUCGCGGAGACGGCCAGAGGGCCACCAGGACGCCCGCCCGCAGAGCCCCGAACGCGUCCUCAGCAGGCGCAUCUUUAGGCGUGGAUCCGCCGCCAAACCCACCUGUAAGUGGUCGUCGAUCCCCUAUGAUAUCAUGGCCGCUAAGCCCCCCAUGCCCCUCCACGAUUGCCCAUCCGCCAUGCUUGCGUUCAUGCCUCGUCACUGCUUUCUCGCGCCCAAACGGCGUCACUGCGGCCGAAACUUGA